AUGGCUAAGGUUGUGUUUACCAAGCUCUGCUCUCAAUUUGAUAGUUGCUGCUUCUUGAAGAAUUUUACAGAAAAGUAUGAAAAGCAUGGGUUAGAAUAUGUACGUGAUGAACUUUUCCGAGAACUAUCAAAGGAUACAUCUCUUGGGAGGCUCGAUCGUAGAAGAGUUUUGAUUGUACUUGAUGAUGUUAGCAACACAAAGCAGUUAGAUGAGUUGAAAAGUGAAGCUCCUCCUUUGGGACCUAGUAGUAAAGUCAUCAUAACAAGUAGGGAUAAGCAUGUGCUUAAUGGAAGAGUUGAUAAAAUACAUGAGGCCAAAGCAUUGAGCUACAACAAUUCACUUGAGCUUUUCAACCUCAAAGCCUUCCACAAAGAUGGUUAUGAAAGUGAAUAUGAAGAACUAAUUAAAAGAGCACUUGCUUAUGCCAAAGGCAUCCCAUUGGCCUUAACCGUUUUGGGUUCGCUUCUACAGUCCAGACCUGUAGAUCAAUGGGAAAGUGCGUUGAGAAAAUUAGAGAGGUUGGCCAUUGAAGGUAUUCAAGUUGUGUUAAAAUUGAGCUACGAUGGACUUGAUGACGAAGUGAGGGAGAUAUUUUUAGACAUUGCUUGUUUUUUUAAAGGUAGAUCUAGAGAAUAUGUAGAAGCAAUGCUAGACAUUUUUGGCUUUCACGCAAGCAUUGGUCUGGGAAUUGUGGAUAAGGCUUUGAUAAGUCUUCAUCAUGGCGUGGUAUGGAUGCAUGAUCUAAUUCAAUCAAUGGCUUUUGAAAUUGUUCGCAAAGAGUGUAAGAAUCCUGGAGGACGCAGUCGAUUAUGGAACUCUAAUGAGAUCAUCGACGUCCUAAAAGAUAAUCGAGGAAGUGGUGCAAUUCAAGGCAUAAGCUUAUGUUUGUCUCAAAUUAAAGAUUUUGAAUUGAGUGCUUAUGUCUUUAGAGAGGUGGCAAAUUUAAGGCUUCUGAAACUCUAUUCACCUAACGAUAAAGGAUCAUGCACUGUGAAACUUCCUUCAGGGCUUCAAUCAUUUCCUAAUUCGUAA